UUAAUCACUUAUCGAGAAGGUUCUCAUUGGAUUCAAAGAAAAACUUGUUAGAAAUUUAAAACUUCGCGUUAAAUGGAGGAUAAUUCUGUGCUCAACGAGGACUCCAAUCUCGAGCAUGUCGAGGGCCAGCCACGAAGAUCUAUGUCGCAACCAGUUCUGAAUGUUGAAGGAGACAAAAGAACGUCUUCGACCAGUGCCACUCAACAGCAAGUAUUGUCAGGAGCAUUUUCGUCUGCUGAUGUUCGUAGCAUCCCCAUCAUCCAAACAUGGGAAGAAAACAAAGCGCUUAAAACAAAAAUAACUAUCCUGAGAGGAGAACUGCAAAUGUAUCAGCGCCGGUAUAGUGAGGCAAAGGAAGCGUCGCAGAAGAGAGUUAAGGAAGUUAUGGACGAUUAUGUCGAUCUCAAAUUAGGCCAAGAAAAUGUUCAAGAGAAAAUGGAGCAAUACAAACUGAUGGAAGAGGAUUUGCUAGCAAUGCAAUCGAGAAUUGAAACUUCCGAAGACAAUUUUGCCAGACAGAUGAAAGAAUUUGAGGCACAAAAGCAUGCAAUGGAGGAAAGAAUCAAGGAACUGGAAUUGUCCGCUACUGAUGCAAACAACACAACUGUCGGAUCUUUUCGUGGAACUCUUGAUGACAUUCUGAAGAAAAACGAUCCAGAUUUCACAUUAACCUCUGGUUAUGAAGAAAGAAAGAUCAACGACCUGGAGGCAAAGCUCCUCUCUGAGAUCGACAAGGUAGCUGAGCUGGAAGAUCACAUUCAGCAGCUCCGUCAAGAACUUGACGACCAAUCUGCAAGGCUUGCCGAUUCAGAAAAUGUUCGCGCUCAGCUUGAAGCGGCCACUGGACAAGGAAUCCUCGGAGCUGCUGGAAACGCUAUGGUUCCAAAUUCAACGUUCAUGAUCGGGAACGGUCGUGAAUCACAGACGCGAGACCAGCUCAAUUACAUUGAUGAUCUUGAAACGAAGUUAGCUGAUGCGAAGAAGGAAAAUGAUAAGGCUCGUCAGGCACUCGUUGAAUACAUGAACAAGUGUAGCAAGCUUGAGCACGAGAUUCGAACCAUGGUUAAAAAUUCGACAUUUGAUUCUUCUUCCAUGUUGCUUGGUGGUCAGACAUCCGACGAGCUUAAAAUCCAAAUAGGAAAGGUGAACGGUGAAUUGAAUGUGUUGAGAGCUGAAAAUCGAGAACUCCGCAUUCGUUGUGAUCAAUUGACCGGAGGCGAUGGAAAUCUUAGCAUUUCACUGGGACAAAGUCGACUGAUGGCUGGUAUUGCGACUAAUGAUGUCGAUAGCAUUGGACAAGGAAAUGAGACUGGCGGAACAUCGAUGCGCAUUCUUCCCAGAGAAAGUCAAUUAGAUGAUCUUGAAGAAAGCAAAUUGCCGCUCAUGGAUACAUCAUCUGCUGUUCGAAAUCAGCAACAAUUUGCCUCCAUGUGGGAAGAUUUCGAGUCAGUGAAAGACAGCCUGCAGAACAACCAUAAUGACACCCUUGAAGGUUCCUUCAAUUCGUCAAUGCCACCACCUGGUAGAGAUGCAACUCAAUCGUUCCUCAGUCAGAAGUCUUUCAAGAAUUCUCCGAUUGUAAUGCAGAAACCAAAAUCACUUCAUCUUCACCUGAAGAGCCAUCAAUCCGAGGGAGCUGGCGAACAAAUACAGAAUAAUUCGUUUUCUACGAAGACUGCUUCUCCUCACGUGUCACAAAGUCACAUUCCAAUUCUGCACGAUAUGCAACAAAUUCUGGAUUCUUCUGCAAUGUUCCUUGAAGGCCAGCAUGAUGUAGCUGUAAAUGUUGAGCAAAUGCAAGAGAAAAUGUCCCAGAUCAGAGAGGCUCUUGCUCGACUUUUCGAAAGACUUAAAUCUUCUGCUGCUCUUUUUGAAGAGAUUCUUGAAAGGAUGGGAUCCAGUGAUCCAAAUGCGGAUAAGAUCAAGAAAAUGAAGCUCGCAUUUGAAACAAGUAUUAACGACAAGCUCAAUGUAUCUGCCAUCUUGGAAGCAGCGGAGAAGGAUCUUCAUAAUAUGUCACUCAAUUUCUCAAUUCUCGAGAAGUCGAUAGUUAGUCAGGCUGCGGAAGCUUCGAGAAGAUUCACUAUUGCACCCGAUGCUGAAGAUGUCGCCUCAUCUUCUCUUCUCAAUGCCUCGUAUAGUCCACUCUUCAAGUUUACAAGCAAUUCAGACAUAGUGGAAAAGCUUCAGAAUGAGGUAUCGGAGUUGAAAAAUGAAUUGGAGAUGGCUCGUACACGAGAUAUGAGAUCUCCAUUGAACGGUUCGUCUGGAAGAUUGUCGGAUGUGCAGAUCAACACCAAUCGCAUGUUUGAAGAUCUCGAAGUAUCUGAAGCAACGCUACAAAAGGCUAAAGAGGAAAAUUCUACAUUGAAAAGUCAAUUUGCUGAACUCGAAGCCAAUCUCCAUCAAGUUAAUUCUAAGCUUGGAGAAGUGCGAUGCGAGCUCAAUGAAGCGUUGGCUCGUGUGGAUGGUGAACAGGAGACUCGUGUCAAAGCUGAAAAUGCAUUGGAAGAGGCUCGUCAGCUCAUCAGUUCUCUAAAACAUGAGGAAAAUGAGCUCAAGAAAACCAUUACUGAUAUGGGGAUGCGAUUGAAUGAAGCAAAGAAGAGCGAUGAAUUCUUGAAAAGCGAGUUAUCUACCGCGCUGGAGGAAGAAAAAAAAUCCCAAAAUCUAGCAGAUGAGUUGAGUGAAGAAUUGAAUGGGUGGAGAAUGAGAACAAAAGAGGCGGAAAAUAAAGUUGAACAUGCUUCAUCCGAGAAAUCUGAAAUGCUUGAAAGAAUUGUUCAUUUGGAGACUGAGAUGGAGAAGUUGUCGACUUCAGAAAUUGCGGCCGACUAUUGUUCUACGAAGAUGACAGAAAGAAAGAAGGAAAUUGAGUUGGCGAAGUAUCGCGAAGAUUUUGAGAAUGCCGCUAUUGUAGGAUUGGAACGUAUCAGUAAGGAGAUAUCUGAGCUAACCAAGAAGACUUUGAAAGCCAAGAUUAUCCCAAGCAACAUCUCAUCGAUUCAACUCGUUUGCGAUGAACUCUGUCGUCGUCUUUCCAGGGAACGAGAGCAACAGCAUGAAUACGCGAAAGUUAUGAGAGACGUCAAUGAAAAAAUUGAAAAGCUUCAAUUAGAGAAAGAUGCUCUCGAACAUGAGCUGAAAAUGAUGAGCUCUAAUAACGAGAAUGUCCCACCAGUUGGAACAUCGGUCAGUGGCAUGCCUACUAAAACAUCGAAUCAAAAGUGUGCUCAACCUCAUUACACGAGCCCUACUCGACAAUUGCUCCACGAAUCAACUAUGGCUGUCGACGCAAUUGUUCAGAAACUCAAGAAGACUCACAAUAUGUCAGGAAUGGGUCCAGAGCUUAAGGAGACGAUUGGCAACGUCAUCAAUGAAUCCAGAGUUCUUCGCGAUUUCCUCCAUCAGAAGCUCAUUCUAUUCAAAGGAAUCGAUAUGUCCAAUUGGAAGAACGAGACCGUCGAUCAACUGAUCACAGAUCUCGGACAAUUGCAUCAGGAUAACUUGAUGCUUGAGGAGCAAAUCAAGAAGUACAAAAAGGAACUGAAACUGACAAAAUCCGCCAUCCCGACACUUGGUGUCGAAUUUCAAGACAGAAUCAAAACGGAAAUUGGCAAAAUCGCAACUGAUAUGGGAGGAGCUGUGAAGGAAAUUCGCAAAAAGUGAACUGAUCUGUUAAUGUAUUAAAAUGGAACCAGUUUUAUCAACACUAUCAUCUCGACAAGAUUAACUUGUAACGAUUGUAUUGUUUUCCCAGCCUAAAGAUACACCUAAUGCAUCUAUCAAUGUACUUGUGAAUUAAAUGCUUCUUUUCUGGUAGUUGACUGCAAUCCCAUUACAGAUAAUAAAAGGAACAGAUUAAUUUAAUGAAAAAA